CUCUGAAUAUUAAUGAUGUUGCACCAUAAUAGAAGGAGAGUGAAAAACGCAGUCUACUCCCUAAUUGAUAAUGUUCUUUUCCGAGAAGGUUCCACCACGGGUAGCAAACAGAGCGUGCCUAAUAAUCAGUCUAAUGAUAUUGAGGACGAGCAGCAAACCGCCAUGGAGCUUUCACAUAGUCUACUUCUGAACGAGGAAGCGUUAUCCCAAAUAGCCGACUCGAAGAAGUCAAUCUUUGUUUACGAAUGGCUACGAUUUUUAGAUAAGGUCCUAGCUGCUGCACAAAAGUCUGAUAUCAAAGAGCAGCAGAAAACAUUGGUGAAACAACUACGAUGUCAGGUCUUAGAGUCACAUGGACCACCAUCCCGUCUUCUUCUGGGCAAGUGUUUUGCCAACAUUUACAGUAUUGGGGACACUUUCUCCAUGUUUGAGACCGUCAAUUUCUGCAAUGACAUAAUCAAGAGUAAAGAUGAUUCACCAAGUUACCUUCCAACAAGACUUGCAGCAGUGGCAGUGAUUGGGGCAAUGUAUGAGAAGCUUGGUAGAGUGGUUGGCAGCAGUUUUAUGGAGACCAUUCAAAAUCUGAUAAAAGCCCUAAAGAAUGCAGAGUCAACAGGACGGUGUGAAAUUAUGUUAUGUCUUGAGCAGAUCCUACAAGGCCUAGGUUCAGCAGGCCAGUCUUGUCAUAAGGACAUCUACAAAGCAGCCAGGGCAGCACUACAAGAUAGGACAAUGGCUGUCAGAUGCGCUGCAGCUAAGUGUUUACUAGAGUUACAUAAAGAGGCUGUGUUUAUGUAUACGACUGAACUGGAGACAGUUGUGUCAUUUUGUUACCGGGCCUUUGAUGGUUCAAACUAUGAUGUCAGAAGUGCAGUUGCUAAGUUACUUGGAGUAUUGCUUGCCACAACACAAACAUAUUGUGUUGCAGGCGAUAACCCAGCUGAGGGUGCUGCUGAAAACAGACCCUCUAUUGAUGUCACCAACACUCAACACGUUUUGAUCAGUGCUCUGCAAGAAUUGGGAAGCCUAGUCAAAGGCCUGUCUACUUGUGCAGCACCUCUUCUUACAGACACAUCUAACAAUAUUUGUGACACAGUGGCAUCAGUACUUCUGCAUCCAAGUCAUUCAGCCCGCUUAGCAGCAGCGUGGUGUCUGCGUUGCAUUGCAACUGCCCUUCCGUCUCAAUUAUCACCUCUUCUUGAUCGCUGCAUCGACAAUUUACAGCAUCUUAAGGGGUCCCCAGAAGCAGUGUCUGGUUAUAGUGGUGCUAUUACUGCCCUUUUAGGAGGAGUAAGAGAAUGCCCAUUAGGCUUACCUCAUUCCAAGGGGAAGGCAAUAUUCAAUGUUGCAGAGGACCUGCUGAGGACAGCUGCCCAGAACAGUAGAAUGUCACUUCACCGUACACAGGCUGGCUGGCUUAUCCUAGCUGGGGUCAUGACCCUCGGUAGCCCUGUCAUUAGAAAUCACUUGCCCAAGUUGUUGCUCCUGUGGCGAAAUGCUUUUCCCCGUUCGUCUAAAGAGUUGGAGUCUGAAAAGGCACGUGGCGAUGCGUUCACCUGGCAGGUAACUCUAGAAGGUCGUGCAGGUGCUUUGUGUGCAAUGGAGAGUUUCAUAGAACACUGCAAAGAGUUAGUUACAGAAGACGUUAUUAGGAGGUUGAUGACCCCUCUGGAAUGUGCAAUGACAAUGCUUGCAGAGUAA